GUUCGAAACAUUUAUAAUUUAAUUAUUAAUUCAGCAAGUCAAUACGCAAAAUGGAUGUGAUGUCACCGGAAUUGAUGUGGAUCGGUACGCGCUGUUACCGUAUAAAUCAAGUUUCCGAACAGUCUUACCUGCAGCAGCAGCCGGAUGAAAACAAACCGUAUGUUGAAGAAGAUUUAUAUGAAGAGGAUGACCGAGAAGCGGAUUACGAGAUUCAAAUAUGUGAGGGUGGGAAAUUUCAAACAUCCUUUCAUGUUCCUUCGGUGUUCUUCGCAAUGAUCAUCGGCAGCAAGGGGACCACCAGACGCCGGCUAGAAACGGAAACCAAAACGCAAAUCGUCGUCCCGCGGCAGGGAACGGAAGGUGACAUAACGGUGAAGGGCGCCUCCCGUAAGACGGUAACCGCCUGUCGGCAGCGGAUUGAACUGAUCGUACUGGGUGCCCGCAGCCGGCAGCAGUUCACCCAUUUCCUGUCGAUUCCGUUGAGUUCCAACGAAAUUCGUACGAAUUAUGUGAAGUUUCGGGAAAAGAUUCUGACGGAACUUCCGGUGGGAUUCGGUAUGGAUGAAUCACUGUUUCAGAACGCCGAUAAGCUGCAUAUGACGUUGUUUACGAUGAGCCUAAUGGACAACGAGGACCGCUCGCAGGCCGCCCUGCUGCUGCAGGAGUGUCGUGAGACGGUUAUAGAUCCAAUUUUGGCUAACUACGGAUCCAUUGAAAUACGCAUUCGUGGUUUGGAGUACAUGAACGACGACCCGCACGCUGUUGAUGUUCUGUAUGCUAAGGUGGAGUCCGAAGCGCUGCAGCAAAUAGCUGACGAGCUGAUGCAGCGGUUCGUUUCUAGCGGGCUGGUUCAGAAAAAGUACGACCGAGUUAAGCUGCACGUAACGCUAAUCAAUUCGCUGUUCCGCGACGGUGGUAGCGGAGCCAUGGCUGGCGGUGGAGGCGAGGAGGAACCUCGCAGCAACGCUAGGGUUACCUUCGAUGCGACGACGAUACUGCGCGAGUUUGGUCAUUACGAUUUCGGUGCUCAAAAGGUUAGCGACAUUCAUCUUUCUCAGCGGUAUUCGACCGCGUGCGAUGGCUAUUACGAAGCAACCGGACAGAUCAAACUCUAGCAGAGGAGGAUCUUUUCUUUCCAAUAACCCUAAACGCACUGCUUUUUUUUAUAGAAACAUCGAUAACAUAAAAAAUAUGUCAGUAUAAUAUAAUAUAUGAGAUAUACUUGUUAACCUAUUUUGGCAAUCAUUGUUCGAAUUGUUGUGUUUCACUUGGAGCGACAAAAAAAAAGUGGGAGAAAUUUUGA